GACCAUGUCCCACUCCCCUCUCCCUCCUCCAGUCUUCCAAAAUAUCUCCCUGCGCUUUUCCGAGUCCUUUUCCCUCCAAGGAACAGAAACAACCGGAGCUUUUACCCCACCCGCUUUCCCCUCCCCGCCAGGAACAACAGGGCUCCUCGCAAUAAUUCGUCCAUCCAUGGCGAAGCUCGUCAACAAGCUGGUCGAUUCGUUCGACCACCACGAGGCGCCGGCGCCGGACGUCGGCUGCGUGCGCGCCGUGCUGGCCGAGCUCGUCCUCACCUUCCUCUUCGUCUUCACCGGCGUCUCCGCCUCCAUGGCCGCCGGGGCCGGCGGGAAGCCCGGGGAGGCUAUGCCGAUGGCGACGCUGGCGGCGGUGGCUAUCGCGCACGCGCUGGCCGCUGGCGUCCUGGUGACGGCCGGCUUCCACGUCUCCGGCGGCCACCUCAACCCCGCGGUGACGGUGGGGAUCUUGGUUCGCGGCCACAUCACCAAGCUCCGGGCGCUGCUGUACGUCGCCGCCCAGCUGCUGGCGUCCUCCCUCGCCUGCAUCCUCCUCCGCUACCUCAGCGGCGGCAUGGUGACCCCGGUGCACGCCCUGGGCGCUGGCAUCAGCCCGAUGCAGGGCCUGGUGAUGGAGGUGAUCCUCACCUUCUCGCUGCUCUUCGUCACCUACGCCAUGAUCCUGGACCCGCGGAGCCAGGUCCGGACCAUCGGCCCGCUGCUGACGGGGCUCAUAGUCGGCGCCAACAGCCUCGCCGGCGGCAACUUCACCGGCGCGUCCAUGAACCCGGCGCGGUCCUUCGGUCCCGCCAUGGCCACCGGGGUCUGGACCAACCACUGGGUCUACUGGAUCGGCCCGCUGCUCGGCGGGUCCCUGGCCGGCUUCGUGUACGAGUCGCUGUUCAUGGUGUACAAGACGCACGAGCCGCUGCUCAAUGGAGACAUCUGACGACCGUCGGGCCCCCAGGGCAGUGAGCACGGUUCAUGCUUGUUUUCUGUAAAAUAGUUCGUUACCUACAAGCAUGAUGCAUAUAUUGACCAAGGUAAUUAAUAGGAGAGGGUUGCUGUUACCCUGGUGGGAUUGUGGGAUGUAGAAAUUGUUGCUGGGCUUUGCUUUUUUUUUUACUUUUCCUCCCAAGGAAUUUUUUAAGAGGGCUGGGUUCUGUAAAGGAUUUGUUUAGGCUAUUAGUUAGCUAUGUAGUAGAAAACUAGAGAAUGCUAUACGUUGGACGUGAUUUUUUUUCACG